AAUGUAAAGUAAAACUGAACAGAAGUGAAAUCCAAGCAAGUGAACACGCUCCAAGUGAAGGUACAGUGCUCCUGUAUCAAGUCCAUGGUGAACAAAAUUGAACAGUGAGUUACUCAGAGCCUGAUGUUGCAGUCUGUGGAACUGUUCCUCAUUUACCUGAUUUUCUGCAUCCACAAUGGGACAGAUGCAUCUUCCCACCAGACAUCUAAGUUUUCCGCCUAUGAAAUCAUUAUUCCUAAACUUAUAAACGAACGACAGAAACGAGGUAUUGGCCAGGAAAAAUGGAGGGAUCAAAUAACUUAUUCAGUUGAUUUGGAAGGCGAAGUUUACCUACUAAAACUGGAAAGGAAUAAGAACCUGCUUGCUAAAGAUUUUGUGCAAUAUGUUUAUGACAAAGAAGGUAAAAUGCAGGCAUCCCAGCCCAAGAUUCGGACCCACUGUUACUACCAUGGCGUUGUGGAGGGCAUUAUUGAUUCCAAAGUUUUGUUCAGCACGUGCUCGGGUGUCAGAGGAAUUAUUUUGGUUGGUGAACGAAGUUUUGGAAUUGAGCCAUUGGAAAACUCAUUUAACUUUGAACACCUAAUUUAUCGACUAGAGGACAUGCAAACAGAACCCUUUGUAUGCGGAGUACCUCACCACAAACAAUCAACAAACAAUGAUGGUCAUUCGAGCUAUGGGAGCUUGGUGCAGCACUUGAGAAAAAAGCGAGCUGUUUUACCAAGAACCAGAUUUGUGGAAUUGGUUUUGGUUGUUGAUAAUGAUAAAUAUAAUUUGCACAACAGGAAUGAAACUCUGAUUCAGGAGCAAAUGGUUGAACUGGUUCAUAUUGUAAAUGGUAUGUACAGCUCUCUGAAUGUCCGUGUCAUACUGACUGGGCUUGUGCUCUGGAAAGAUAAAGAUCAGAUUGUCAUCAACGGAACUGCUGGAGAGGUUUUGGGCGCAUUUGUAAGAUGGCGAGAACGAGUCCUGAUUCCUGAGAAGCAACAUGACAGUGGGCAUCUUAUUCUAGGUAAAGCUCAGUUCAGUGGAAUUCUAGGCUUGGCCUUUGUAAGCACAGUCUGCUCCACCAGGCUUGGAGGUGGAAUUAAUGUUUUUGCCAACAGUAAUGUGCCAACAGCAGCAACAAUUCUUGCUCAUGAAUUAGGGCAUAACAUGGGCCUCAGCCAUGAUGAUCCACGAACAUGUGAUUGCCCAACUAGCCGCUGCAUAAUGUUCAGUUCAAUUACAAAUUCAAGGAAUUUCAGUGACUGCAGUCAGAAUGAUUUUGUAGGGUUCAUCGAGAGAGGAGGUGGACAAUGUCUUCAAAAUGAACCAAACUUAGAAGAUCAGUAUUCCUUACCAUCCUGUGGCAAUAACAUUGUUGAUGAGGGAGAAGAAUGUGAUUGCGGUAAACCACAGAAAUGCUCUAAUCCUUGUUGCAAUGCAGCCACUUGUACCCUAACAUCAGGGUCACAAUGUGCACAUGGGAAGUGUUGUGAGAACUGCAGAUUCCGUGUUGCAGGGACUUUGUGCAGAGGAGCAGUGAAUGUUUGUGAUCUUCCAGAGUACUGCAAUGGCUCCUCACAGUUUUGCCAGCCUGAUGUCUUUAUUCAAAAUGGUUAUCCAUGUGCAAAUGGUAUAACAUACUGCUUUGAUGGUUUGUGUCAGACCUAUGAUGCACAAUGCAAGGUACUCUUUGGCUCUACUUCAGAGCGUGCACCAGAUGUGUGUUUUGAACAUGCAAAUCGACAAGGGGACAGAUUCGGGAACUGUGGAUUCCAAAACCGGCAAUUUAAGAAAUGUACGCUAAGUAAUGCUGGAUGUGGCAAAAUUCAAUGUAUAAAAGUGACAGAGAGACCUUUUGGUGUUGAUACGAGCACUUCGAAUGUUAAUGGCAUUAAUUGUGUGAAUGCUGACUUCCACGUGGGUACAGAUGUCACUGAUCCUUCUUAUGUAAACACAGGCACUGGCUGUAACGAAGGCAAGGCCUGCAUAAAUUUUGAAUGUGUAAACGCCAGCAACCUGGGAUUUGAUUGUGAUAUCAAAGGGAAAUGCAACAACCAUGGUAUUUGUAACAGUAACAAGAACUGUCAUUGUGAAGACGGAUGGGCACCACCUAAUUGUGACACUCGUGGUUUUGGAGGAAGCAUAGAUAGUGGACCCACUCGCAUAGAUACUUCACUUCGAGAUGGCUUGCUAAUAUUUUUCCUUUUGGUGGUCCCAAUACUAAUUUUCAUUGGUUUAAUAAUUUUUUUCAACCGUAAUGCAAUAAAACAACGCUGGAGAAAGAGGAAAGCUCCACACACAACGACACAGACCAGAACACAAUCAGAGAACAAUUUGUCAAACCAUGGUAAUCAGAGGAAUAAUCAAGUUAUUUCUACUGCAAAUUCAAAUAUCUAUGCAGAUAUUACUUUACACAGGCAAUAUGCUUCAAAUGAAAAUCCAGUACCUUACAUAGCCUAUGCACCAAAUUAUCAAAAUCCUGUUCCACCUCCUAGACCUACUGUAACUCCUCAACCAAAUGAGCCUCCUAGACCAGCUGUGCCUCCUAGACCAGCUGUGCCUCCUAGACCAGCUGUGCCUUCUAGACCUAUUGCAUCCCACCAGUCUUAAGUUUGACCUCAGCACUUAAUGAUCAUAAAUUGUGCCUUAUGUUCAGUAAUAUUAGUGAUCAAAAGGAUACCUCAGGAAAGCAUUAAGAAGUACAGUAUAUUAUUUCUCUUUUAUCAUUAUCUUUAAUUAUUCUUGCAACAAUUAGAUUCACAACACAUUUCUCGAAGCCUUGCUCAAUAUCAAUGAAGUUUUAUUGGUAUUGCAGCACCUUAAUACCACAGCUGCUCUUAGACCAGGCUCUGAAUGCUUCACAAAUGUAAAUUCUCAGGGUAUUUUAAAAAUUGGACUUGGCAGAGGAAAGUGCAAUUAUUCAUAGAAGAUCUUUACAGGGGAUAAAUUCAGUUCAUGGUUGCUUGAUUUUCACACACAAAAUAUGCAUGUGACUUCCCGAUUUUGGAUUGCAAGUUGCUAUGCCCAGAUGUGCCAGAAGUGUCUGGGUAACUUUUAAUCACUCUGAAAAUAAAAAUAGGUGUUUCAGAAAGCAAAUUAGGAAGACAUCAGAUCUAGGACCCUGAUCUGCAAAACUGAAAAAUAAAUAAGUACAGUUUACAGACACUUUCUCCGCUUGAUUAUAUCAGGUGUUGAGUGCCUUAACCAGUGACCUUUAAAAGUAAUCAUUGGAGGCCACUUGGGAAAAAUCAAGGGAAUUUAAGUUUUAGUUUUGAAAGGGUAGGAAAAACAAGCGUAAAAAUCACAGUCCUUGAAAGAACUCAAGGCCGUUGAUGACAUGUUCAAGAUAUCCCCAAGACAUUCAUUUUCAACUGGACCAGAAUAAAAGCCUGGCCUCUGCAAAUGUGUGCCCGCUGCAUCCCAAAGCCAAAUUUGACUCAAUACUCAGGCAUCUGUGGACUGAUGCACAAAUCUAUUGUUCUAUUGAUACUACUUUGGGUACAUCUGAAUUUCCUCGUUUACAUAACUAAUAUUUGUUUCUGUUCAAGUUAAUACUAUAAUAAAUUGUUUUAUGUUUAUUUCUUUUUUGCACAGUAUAAAUUUGCAUGUCUCUUCUUGAUGUAAAUAGAUUUGACUGUUGUUCUAGUUAUAUGGACCUAUGGGGUGUUAAUCUGUUUUCAGCUUAACUAUGGACAGUAUAUUUUUGAGAUGCAUCAACUCAGAGUAAUUUCAAGUCACCAACUCAAAAAUGUUGUUAAUACUUUGACAUAAUUGCAGACACUGAGGGAAUAAUCAACAACAAAAAACCUUAGUGGAAAGUUGUUUUGGUUAGGAUCGUGAAAGAAUAAGAUUAAAUUGGGUUUGCAUCUUACAUGAUGACAUGAUCUAAAAACAGAAAAUAGCAAUGUAAUGUUGAUUAUGUGUUUGAAUAUUUUAAAAAGGACACUGAUUACUAGAUUAAGUUUCAUUAUUCACCAGCUAAAUUGUUAACAUUUUGCACUACAGUGGACACACAACGCAAAAGAAAACUAACAGUUCUAUGAAAUCUUGCUGUCCAAACAUAAGAAAAUGUAAAUUUUCCUAAAUGAUUUAAUUUUAAAGUAAUUAGUGCUCACAUCAUCACUUUCCAGUUUAUUUGAACUACCUGAGUGAAGAUUACUGCUAUAAUUAAUUGAGAAGUUAAAUUGCACUUUAAUCUAUUACAUCAGUAAUAAAUCAGUAGCCUAAACAAAGGCUGUGAUUAUAAAUUUUGUACUCUGAGAGUGGGCUGGGCAUGUUAUGCACAACUGAUUCACUGUCCCCAUCAUUGAGAACGUUUGCUGGUUAGCAGUUAGGUACUUAAGUGUGAGUUUCUUGGUAUACUGUACCUGGACACACCAUGACAAAAACUAGUAAUCAAUCUGAGACCAGCAACCACAAUGCUGAGUUGCUGAGUCCACUUUUGAGGAUCCCAUUCAAAGUGUGGAUGUGUGGGAUUGGAGGCACCAGCCAUGGUAGUUUCAGAGCCUACGUUCUUGCCUCCCAUCUGUGCCUCUGCCAUCAAAUUGGAAGCAAAUAGAGCCCCCCUCCCCCUCCUUCUCAAGUAGGCAGGUUGUCUUGGCUUGCUGCCAAAGAUUCUUCUCGUCUGCCAAAAAAGGCAUAUUAAUGGGGUAACAACAAAUUUAGUCCCUUCAAUGAUCAUUGACCACCUCUAUGGGGGUGAACUUUCCAUCCAUUCCGGGUGUUCAGAGGUUUUUUUUCAAUAUUUUGAAUGUUGAAAAAAAUACUUGAGACACAUUGAAAGGAAUGUCCUUAUAGUACCUAGACCAAGUAUUACUUCAUCUGUAAUUGUCUGGGAUGACUAUGGAAUUGAUUGCUAGUGAUCAUAUUCACAGUGAUUCAAUUGACAAGCUAUGAGAAAAUGAACAAAAUGGACUGAACUUAAAUUACAUUGUACUCCAGACUUUCACAUUUUCCAUUUUAAGUAGGUUUGACUUGAUUGAAUUGAUUUUGACUGUGAUUUUAAGCUCCAGUCAAUCACAACAGCUUUUGCUCUUGAACUAGUUAAGAGAGGUGAGUCAGCUGAAUCAAAUAUUGGAAAAAAUGCAGAGAACUAUAUUAAAAUAAAAUUAGCUAGGCUUUAUCAGUUUGGUAUGAAUUGCAAAUUUUGCUACUUGUGUUUAGUUUUGAUUAGUAAUUAUACAUUCAGGAUUCUUUAAAUUCUGUACCUAAUCUAAACAACAUCAAGGGUGUAGGAGAAUAUUUCCAUGUUAUUCCAGAUUAUCAAAUCACUAUUUUGCCCUGAAUACACUGUCAGAAUUUUAUGUAUUAAUGCUGAUUUUUUGAGAAAAUAUUGUUUAGAAAUCUGAAUAAUUUUUAAAAUAUAGAUAAAAAAAUUGUUUUAUGUAUUGAAUUACCUGUGAAUGAUGAUUAUUAAAUGAAGGAAAUGAAAAAGCAUCUAAGAAGGAUUUAUAGAUGUACCAUAGAAGGAAUCCCUGAUUUAUUAAACAUUAACAUUUACGUUG